UGCGUUUGUCAAUCAGUGGUCGCAUCCUGUCCAGGCGCAUAUUAUCGCUGUCUCGAACGUCGCUCGUUGUCGCGCUCUAGAGUCGCUGAUUAAUCGGCAAGAAAGUUGCUGUGGAGUCGGAAAAUCUGUUAGGAAAACAUCAUGUCGACGAAUAAAGAGGUCGCAGAUGAAACUGUAAACAAGAUGGGAUGCUGCUCCAGCAAUGUUAUACAACCAGAGAGCAUUGGGGGCAAAAAUGGCGUCCCACGAGAUUCAAGCCUUGGGAACAAAGAAGUUGAAAUCAUUCAAAACAACUGGCAGGUUGUGGAGCAAGACCUUCAAGGGAAUGGUCUGCUGCUAUUUAGAAGGCUGUUCAAAGAACACCCUGAUGUCAGAACCAAGUUUUAUUUUGCUGUUGAAAACAAUUUGGAACUCGAUGCAAUCAUGGAAGAUGACAGGCUGGCGAGACAUGCGAAGGGUGUAAUGGAUACAAUCAGCUUUGCUGUUAGCUCCUUGCACGACCUCCCCUCCCUUGUCCCCAUAUUGAAGCACCUUGGGGCAGCCCAUGCAAAAUUUCAAUUGCAAGAAGAGCAUUUCCAGGCGGUCGGUGGAGCGCUGAUCUGGACACUGGAAAACGCAAUUGGUGGAGCCUUUGACGAAUCUUCAAAAAAUGCUUGGCUCACUCUUUUUGGUGUUGUUGCCGAAAACAUGAAAAAAGGUGCAGCAGAGAUUUAGAAGAAGUCUUGAGACAUCCCAUACGACCCUGGCAAUUCCGUUAUGUAUCACUCUUAUACCUUCGGAAAAAAGAUACAUUUGGGUUUUUUACUGUUGAAUAGCAAGUGAUUUUGUAUUUAUCUAGUUUUUCAUUAGAUUGCAUAUAUUUAC